UUGCGCGUUCGCAGCCUUCCCCUUAGCUUCCCUCGGCAGGCGCAGCAGUGGACCGCCCACUUCGUCUUGACAGAACACCCGCGCGCUCGGCCCGGUUCAGCCCCCCGCUGCUCCUCACCCGUGCGACACUAUCGUGCUGAGACUGUACACCUCAAGCGACCUGGGACGCUCAGACCUGGUAAUGUAGCUCUGCUGCGCCGAUGCCGGGCGCAUGCCCGCGGCACACGUGGCGGCGCCGCGGGCGCUGCUGGCGGUGGCGUGGCUCGCCGCCGGCGCUGCCGGCUCGCGCCUCGGCGGUGGCGCGCGAGUCCGCGCGAGGGCGGCUGGGCUGGCAGGCCCGCCGGGCCGCCUUGGGGCCGCGGCCGCCGGCGCUGCGCUGGUGGAGACGGUCGCCCUGCCCCGGCCCCUCGUGUGCGGCGAGAACCCCGUGGUGGCCGCGGAUGCCCCCGAGGGGCGGUGCCCCACCGUGUGCCCCCUGCACGUGGAGCACCGCGGCGACGGCCAGCACUGCGACUUCCACUGCGUCGAGGCCAGCAGCUCGGCGUGCUCGGCCCACGACCCCGAGGCCACCGUCGCGGACCUGGAGAGGGGUGUCUGCCGGCCUUGCAUGACGGUUGGAUGCAGGGAGUGCCUCCGCGACGGCACCGACGCCUGCAGCGUCUGCAGCUCCGGCUACACCCUGAUGGCCGACGGCAGCUGCGAGAGCGUCUUAUGGUGGGGCUGGAUCGUCUCCGCAUCUGUCGUGCUGGUCGUUGUCCUCAUCCUCGUGGUUUGGGCCGUGGACAUCGCGUGGCGCCCGCCCAUCAACGAGGCGUGCCUGAACCAGGCGUUGGACACACGGUCGCGUGCGAAGCUGCGGCAGCCUGGGAGCAGCUUCGCUACAGGACCGCCUGACUUUGACGGGAAGUCCUCUCGCGAGCUGUGGCCGGUCAACACAAACCUGUGCAGGACCGCGGUGGCGGGGCCGGGGCUUGUGCUCUCUUUCAACUUCCAGGCCGCGGUCAUCCUGUGGGGCGUCGUGCUAGGCUUGGCGUGGGUAACGCUGGGCUUCGCUACCGACACGGACCUAUUCGUGAUCGGCACGAAGCCGGCCGAGACGCCACGGCAGUCUUGCAUCGUCGUGGCGUGGGGCCACCAGGCGCAGAUGCGGCUGCUCUGGGCGAAGGUCGGGUUCAUAGGCUUCUGCUACGCGUUCACGUUUGUGGGAUCGCUGCUGUUCAGCGUGCGGCAGCUGAGGAUCUUCCAGCGCAUGGACUCACGCGAGUCGACGCACAAGGACUUCUGCGCUGUGGUCACCGGCAUACGCGACGUCACAGGAGCGGACGAGCACGUGGAGGAGGAGCUCAAGGCGGCCCUCUGCACAGCUACGGGUCAGAACAUGGUCGUGGUGUCCGUGGCCUGGAUAUUUCAGCACGUGGAAGACGACGUCGUGGGAGCGGAGGAGGACUUCCUGGUGGAGCUGGAGCACGCGAGGCUCGCGGUGGACGCCCCGUCGGAUGGGUCGUCGGAGCUCUGGGAGUCUGGAGCCUCCUCUCUCCCGUCUGAGGAGCCCGAGCCGUCCGAUCGCUGCCACGGCUCGGACAAGUCGCCGAGAACCGACGGCGAUGCCGAGGACACACAUGCGGACAAGCGGCCCUCCAGCGGCUCGGCGGGCAUGAGGAACGUGACCCUCAGAACGGCGCUCCACGCCCGCGACCUGGCGAAGCAACGCUUGGGCGCCGCAGGCGCCUCGGCGGCCGCCAAGGCCACGUGGGGCUACCAGGCUCUGAUGAAGCAGGUGGAGAAGAUGUUCCUGUCGAAGGUCACGCAGAAGUUCCUCAGCAGAGGACGCCACACGGGCUUCGCGAGGCGGCACACGCAGUACGAGACGGCCCACAGCACGGGCGGGAGGCGCUCGAGCGAGACCGAGCGGGCGGGGCGAGACCUGGCCUUGAGCCUGAAGGCGUCCACCACGGCGUUUGCCGUCUUCGAGUCCGAGGCCGCCAGGAACCAGGCGGUGCAGGCGUGCGAGGCCGGCGUGGAGUUCCGGGGCAAGCGGUUGUACCUCUCAAGGUGCCCUGUCGAGCCCGGCUCUGUCCACUGGGAGAACUUUGUCGAAGAGAGGCCCUGGGCAGACCUGAGGAGAGUCUUCUUCGGCCUCAGCUGCAUACUUCUUGCGCUCACGGCCUGGACCCUGUUGUUCUACCUGCCGUUCACCUGGGUGUCCUUGUCGGCCAGCUACACUUACGGCGUGGAGCCCACAUGGUACUAUGUGUUGACGUUUUCAAUGGUUGUUGUGUUUGGAAAUGCUAUCAUGUACACAACGUGCAGCGUUCUGGCUGACAUGCUACGUUUCCAGUACCACAAGAACCAGGAGAUAUGUUACAUGUUGCUCUACACGGUGUCCUGCGUGUUCAACGUCAUCUUGGACAUGAUUGUCACAUAUUGCAUCGCCUUUUUGCGGCUCGAGGGCAGCGACAUUCGUGCUCACGACGGGAAUGCGAUGAGCGAGUUGCCUACCGUCGUGAGGAGAGUCAUGGCCUACGGCAUGCAGCGCGAGCUCGGCACGAAUCUGAAGGACUACGCCUUCCCCGGCACGUUCCUCAUCCCGUUCCUCGUGGAGCCGAUCGUGGCCGUCUACCUCCCGUGGCAGAUCGUCACGCUGGUCGUGCGCUGCAACAGCAUCGGCAUCACUGCUGCCGAGGAGCUCCUGCGGAGCACACCCUUCGACCUCUCCCGCUACGCCGACAUCCACCUCAACGUCAUCCUGGCAGUUUUGAUACUGUUCUUCCCUGGCGGGUACAACCUGCACAUGUUCUUCGGCCUGGCCGCCUCCCACGCCUGGAUCUACCUCUACGACCACUACCGGGCCCUCCGGUUCUCCCCGGCAUUUGUCUAUGCCAGCAUGGACGUUGACUGGGUCGCCCAGUGGAUGUUCUGCCUGCCGUGCGCCGUCUUGCUCGCGGCGUUCCUGUUCAAGCUUGAGACUGCGCAGGACUUCGCACUCACGAGGGCCGCCUUCGGUCCGAAGCUGGGGGACCCCGACAUGUCCAGCACUGGCCUAGUGCUGCUGCUGUGCUUGGCUUGCCUGGUUCACGUGGCGAUGCACACGUGGGCGCUCAAGAGGCUGGUGCCCCUCUUCGGGAUCAAGCCAGAUGCUUUGGAGUGCCCGGGCGAGACGUACAGAGAGUGUGCGGAGCGUCUGGCGUGCUCGUUCAUCACCGCGAACCCUGUGCAUUGCCUCAGGUCGCGCUACAUCCACCAGCACGAUCCGCCAACAGCCUGGUGCAUGAAGGGCAAGGAACAUCUAAUGAAGGCCAACCCCACGGCUGGACAGUAUUUCCAGGACCGUGUGGCGGAUCCCGAAAAUUAUCAGCUACCUGAAUGGGCGUCUUCACCGAAGCAGAUGUUCCAGACGAUGUACCGCAGAUUGUCAGGGUCCUCCGAGGAGUCGAGCCUGCUGGAGCGGUCGCAGACCGAGAAGCUCGGCCGUCGUGGGGCCGUAGGCGCAGACCUCGAGGGCGACCCGCUCUACGAGCCGCGCCAGGCGGAACGGCGCUCGUAUACCAAGUGACCUCCGCGGUGCUCGGCGGCGCAGACCUCGUAGGCGACCCGCUCGGCGAGCCGCGCCGGGCGGAUCGGCGCUCGCACACCAAGUGGCCUCGGCGGCGCUCGGCGUUGGCGCUGGUGCCGCGGCGGACGGCGGCCUGCCGAGGCGAGGCGCUCCACCGCGCCGCCGCCGCGCCGGUGGCCGUCCGGCCUCUGAGCGCGCUGCCCCCCUUGGACCCACUGGGGCGCGCCGCGCGGCGCGGCGCUCGCCGGCCCGCGCGCGCGCGGGCGGCGAAGUGGACCGGGCCAGGAGCUCAGGGCUCGGGACAAAAGGACCUGAGGUGCAUCGCGGGACAGUGGCGGAUACUGGCGCCAGUGCAACCUGACCUUCGCAGCCAGGGUCAACGCGCCAAGCAUUCACGUCCAUCUGUCGUUCAAGUGCUGUCUGGCACAACGGAUGCUGCUUCAAUAGCGCUUCCUGUUGUGAACAGAAAACAGAGGAUCUCCGCCGCAGAGCAUCC